CCUUACUUUCAUUCUUAUCAAAUAAAACACUCUCUAUUCUCAUACCUCUUCUUUAUUCGCAAAGCUCAAAUCAAUUUUUCAAUUCUCAAUCUCAAUGGCUCGUACCAAGCAAACCGCCAGAAAAUCCACCGGAGGAAAAGCCCCAAGGAAGCAGCUCGCCACCAAAGCCGCUCGCAAGUCCGCCCCCGCCACCGGCGGAGUGAAGAAGCCCCACCGUUUCAGGCCCGGAACCGUCGCCCUCAGAGAAAUCCGCAAGUACCAGAAGAGUACCGAACUCCUCAUCAGGAAGCUCCCAUUCCAGAGACUUGUUCGUGAAAUCGCUCAGGACUUCAAGACUGAUCUCCGCUUCCAGAGCAGCGCUGUCUCAGCCCUUCAAGAAGCCGCUGAAGCCUACUUGGUUGGUUUGUUCGAGGACACUAACCUCUGCGCCAUUCACGCCAAGAGGGUUACCAUUAUGCCCAAGGACAUUCAGCUCGCUCGUAGGAUCAGAGGCGAGAGAGCUUAGGGUUAUUUAUGUAAUUUAGUUCGAAUAUCGUGUUUAGGGUUUCGUCUUCUAUAUGUAAUCGCAUCUUGCUAUAUUAUCUUAAAUCAAAUGAAAUUCCUUGUUUCAUCGUAAAA